ACCCUCUGGUCAGAGAUGCUGCUGCUGCUGCUGCUGCUGCUGCCAGGGUCCCUGGCUCAGGAUAAAAGAUACCAGAUGAAAGUGAAUUCACCUGUGACGGUGCAGGAGGGCCUGUGUGUCUCUGUGCACUGCUCCUUCACCUACCCCCGGACCUAUGCGAAUUACCCUGCUUAUGGCUUCUGGUUCCGGGAAGGGGCUGAUAUAUACCAGGAUGCUGCUGUGGCCACCAACCACCCACAUCGUGAAGUGCAGGAGGGGGCCCGGGGCCGAUUUCACCUCCUCUGGGAUCCCCAGGCCAAAAACUGCUCCCUGGACAUCAGAGAUGCCAGGAGGACAGAUGAUGGAUUAUACUUUUUUCGGGUGCAGAAAGGAACUUCUUUGUUAUAUUCUUAUGCAUGGAACAAGUUCUCCCUGCAUGUGACGGCCCUGACCCACACACCUGACAUCCUCAUCACAGGGGCCCUGGAGUCCGGCUGCCCCAGGAACCUGACCUGCUCUGUGCCCUGGGCCUGUGAGCGGGGCUCGCCCCCCAUCUUCUCCUGGACCUCAGCUGCUCACACCUCCCUGGGCCCCAGGACCCGCUUCUCUUCUGUGCUCACCCUCACCCCACGGCCCCAGGACCAUGGCACCAACCUCACCUGUCAGGUGCAUUUUCCUGCAGCUGGUGUGACUGUGGAGAGAACCAUCCAGCUCAACGUCACCUGUGCCCCACAGAACCCAACAACAGGUGACUGCCUAGGAAUUGGCUCAGGGGAACCAAGGACCAGGGCAAAAGUGGUUCAGGGGGCCAUCGGGGGAGCUGGUGUCACUGCCCUGCUGGCUGUCUGCCUCGGCCUCAUCUAUUUUGUAGUGAAGACUCACAGGAAGAAAGCAGCCAGGGAAGGAGUGGUCGUGGACAGCAUCUACACUCUGGUGGGACCAGCUUCCCUGGGUCACCAGAAGAAGCCCAAGUUAAACAGCCCCGCUGACUCCACAGGCUCUGCAGGGGCCCCCUCGACCUCGGGGUUGGAGCCAGAGCUGUAUUAUGCCUCCAUCCACUUUCAGGGGACGAAACCCCCUCAGGAGAACACCCACACCGCGCACUCAACCGGCAGGACCCAGUGA